CGCCUUCUGAAGGGUUUUAGGGGUUGGCUGAAACAACGAAACAACGAAACAACAAAAUCUAGGGUUCUUCUUCAUCCUCUGAAGAUUUCUGCAAAAGUCUCGAAUCCAUGGAUCCGCGAGACGGUGAGGCGAAUGUCCACGAAGAAGCUCACGAUUAUAGAUCAGCAGAGCACAUAGAAGACAAUAGGUCGCAGCCUCACUCCGGCGACGGAGCCAGCCCGGGAAAAAUUUUCAUAGGAGGUUUAGCAAGAGAGACAACUUCUGCACAAUUUCUCAAGCAUUUCGGUAAAUAUGGUGAGAUUACAGACUCUGUUAUUAUGAAAGACCGGAAAACAGGGAUGCCUCGUGGUUUUGGUUUCAUCACGUACGCAGAUCCUUCUGUUGUUGAUAGAGUAAUUGAGGACACUCAUAUUAUUAAUGGAAAACAGGUGGAGAUUAAGAGAACCAUACCGAGGGGAGCCGUUGGGAGUAAGGAUUUCAAGACUAAGAAGAUUUUUGUUGGUGGAAUUCCUGCAACGGUCUCUGAAGAUGAGUUCAAGGACUUCUUUUCACAAUUUGGAGUGGUUAAUGAUCACCAGAUCAUGCGAGAUCAUGCCACCAAUCGCUCACGUGGUUUUGGGUUCAUCACUUUUGACACAGAGCAAGCUGUUGAUGAUCUCUUGGACAAGGGGAAUAAAGUUGAGAUAUUUGGAGCCCAGGUUGAGAUAAAGAGAGCAGAGCCAAAAAAACCAAAUGCACCUCCGCCCCCAUCCAAACGAUACAAUGAUUCUAGGUCUUCAUAUGGUGGUGGAUUUGGAGAUGCUUACAAUGGAUAUGGAGGUGGGGUUUUGGGUGGUGCUGGUUACAGAUCAAGUGGGGCCUAUGGAGGUCGAGCUGGUGGGUUUGGGGGAUAUGGCGGUGGUGAAUUUGGUGGGUAUGGAGGAUAUGGAGGAUAUGGGGGUGGUAUAGGCCCAUAUAGAGGAGAUCCCUCCCUUGGGUAUUCAGGUCGUUAUGGAGGAGGUUUUAACAGAGGCUAUGAUAUGGGAGGAGGUGGGUAUGGAGGUCCUGGAGACAUGUUUGGAGGAUAUGGUGCUGACGGUAUGGGUGGUGGCUAUGGGAGUGCUUAUGACACUGGUCUUGGAGGUGGGUAUGGAAGUAGUGCUGGAGGUCCCUUUUACGGAAGUAGAGGAGGGGGCUAUGGUGGUGCAGGGAGUGGCCGAUACCAUCCUUAUGGGAGGUAGAAAAAGGCAUUUGUUGCUUCAGACAUCCUUUCCGAGUUCCAUAAUGCAGCAUGCAGAGCAGGAUUAAGCAUUUUGUGGUACUAUGUAUCCUCAGGGUAAAAAUUCAUGUCCAUUUUUAAGGAACAAAGAUUUCAUCUUAUCCAAUUUUAUUCUCUUUUACUAGGACCACGAGAUCGGUUCUCUUUUUCUUUGUUUCCGAUUUCAACUGUAUGAUUGAAUUCUUUCCAUAUUUGUAUGAAUGGUAGUAUUUCAUCUCAUGUUGUGAAUAUGAUGUCAUUUUAUUUUUGAAGGAAUGCAAUGAUGGGAAUAAUGAUGGUUGUACUAA